AAAGAAAUUUACCCUGACAUUUCCCUCAAUCCACAACUUACACGUUCACAAUAGCCAGUUUGAAACGAGUGAAAAUGGAAUCCAUCUCUCAGUUAGGAAAAAUCGAUUUUGAAGGCCAGAGACUAGCUGAACAAAUAUCGAGGAUAUACCUAAUUGCAGCAACGGUGAGGCCUCUACUGCCCUUUAGAACCGCCAGCGUGCAUUUUCGAAUUGUCAUCGCACAACUGCUCUUUGGAACCAGCGUAACUGCGUGUGACAGCAUUUCAGCACCCAGGGUUCUACGGUUUCUUUUGGGGUGCAGAAUUUGUCGACUCACGGUCGAUGAUGCUUCGCUUGUCGAAGAUUUCCCAAUACAAGAGCUGGCAAUAUCAUUCAUCAUCGGUUUUGUAUUGCAAUCAAUACACGCAACAUUCAUCCUUUACGGCGUCUCGGUGGUUGCUUUGGCACUUAUUGUUGUCCCGCCUUGGCCGAUGUUCAACAGACAUGCCGUGACCUGGUUACGACCAGCGCCGGAGGGAAGUAAAAAGACAUCAUAGGAUCAUAUGCACAGUAUCAUGGGAUCAUUGGACUGUACCGACCAAAUUAUCAGUUUUCUUUCCUUCUGUGCCUGCACUAAGAGCUCAAGGUGUACUAAAUUCGCAUACGAAUAACAUGUCCAUCUGGUGAUGAGGUUGCGAGGUCUGUAUAAUAUGUAUCAUUGAAGCUGUGUCGUUCAUCUAUCCUUUUCCUCGAUGAUUUCGGAUUGUACUGUACUGUUCGUACAGUUCUCAGUUCUCUUCUGCUCUGUAUACCAUUGUGUAACUAUACAAUAUAACCUGGAAUUGCUGUUAUUUUAAGAGACGAGUAUAUAGUAGCAAUCUGAUGUCAAAUAACCAAA